AGGCGGCCGGGAAGGGGUGGGGGCUGGCGGGGGCAUCCGGCCGAGCUGGGGUCCCCGGGCUCUGUCCGGAGGAAGCGAGGCUGCGCCGGCUGGCCGGGAGCGGAGGACGGGACGCGCGCGGGCGGGCGGGCGGACUCGCCCUGUCGCUCCCGGCGCUGCCCCGGCUCGUCCUGCCUGGCCGCAGGUGCCCUGGAUGAGGCCGCCCGGCGUGCCCCGGCCGCCGACUGUCCCCGCGGGCGCCCAGCCUCUCCUUGCCCGGGUCCCCGCGCUGGGCGCAGUCCUCCUCGGGCCAGCGCCUCCGCACCUCGGCGCAGGCGGCACGGCCCUCGGGCAGGGAUGGAUCGGCCGGCGAGAGGAAGACAAGCCGGGGCAUUGAGCCCCUGCGCCCGGUACCGCGCAUAGUGGGAGCUUGCGCGCAGUAGGCUCGCGGUGGAAUUGCUGGAAAGAGAGUUUCUGGGGUGGAUUUCCCAUUUUACAAUCUGUGGUGGUUAACUUCUCAUCUUGACUGGAUCGAGAAAGCCCCAAGAGAUGAGAAAGCUCACCCCUCGGGAGAACUGUUUAAAGGUGACCCCUGUGAAAAGAUCAUUCUACCCCCAGAGGGAUCGACCCAGAGGUUGAGAACCACUGCCAUAAGGUGUCUUAGCUGGCUCUUCUAAUCCAUGGAUAAAGUGGGGAAAAUGUGGAACAACUUCAAAUAUAGGUGCCAGAAUCUGUUCAGCCAUGAAGGAGGAAGCCGUAAUGAGAAUGUGGACAUGAACUCCAACAGAUGUCUGUCUGUCAAAGAGAAGAGCAUCAAUGUGGGAGAGUCAGCUCCCCAGCAGCAGAGCAGUCCCUUAAGAGAAAACGUUGCCUUACAGCUGGGACUGAGCCCUUCAAAGACCUUUUCAAGACGAAACCAAAACUGUGCCGCGGAGAUCCCUCAGGUUGUUGAAAUAAGCGUUGAGAAGGACAGUGACCCUUGUGCCACCCCAGGAGCAAGGCUGGCUCGGAGAGACUCCUACUCCCGACAUGCCCCGUGGGGAGGGAAGAAGAAACAUUCCUGUUCCACCAAGACCCAGAGUUCACUGGAUACUGAGAAAAAGUUUGGUAGAACUCGAAGCGGCCUUCAGAGGCGAGAGCGGCGCUAUGGAGUCAGCUCUGUGCACGACAUGGACAGUGUUUCUGGCCGGGCAGUCGGCAGUCGCUCCCUGAGGCAGAGGCUCCAGGACACCGUGGGUUUGUGUUUCCCCAUGAGAACUUACAGCAAGCAGUCAAAGCCUCUCUUUUCCAACAAAAGAAAAAUACAUCUUUCUGAAUUAAUGCUGGAGAAAUGCCCUUUUCCUGCUGGCUCGGAUUUGGCACAGAAGUGGCAUUUGAUCAAACAGCAUACCGCCCCUGUUAGCCCACAUUCGACCUUUUUUGAUACAUUUGAUCCAUCACUGGUGUCUACCGAAGAUGAGGAAGACAGACUUCGAGAGAGAAGACGGCUUAGCAUCGAAGAAGGGGUGGACCCCCCUCCCAAUGCACAAAUACACACAUUUGAAGCCACUGCACAGGUCAAUCCUUUGUACAAACUGGGACCAAAGUUAGCCCCUGGGAUGACGGAAGUGAGUGGAGACGGUUCUGUAGUUCCGCAAACGAAUUGUGACUCAGAAGAGGAUUCAACCACCCUGUGUCUGCAGUCGCGGAGGCAGAAGCAGCGCCAGGUGUCCGGGGACAGCCACUCGCACGUUAGCAGACAGGGUGCUUGGAAAGUUCACACGCAGAUCGAUUACAUACACUGCCUUGUUCCGGAUUUGCUUCAGAUCACAGGGAAUCCCUGUUACUGGGGCGUGAUGGACCGAUACGAAGCAGAAGCCCUUCUGGAGGGGAAACCUGAGGGCACGUUUUUGCUCAGGGACUCUGCGCAGGAGGACUACCUCUUCUCAGUGAGCUUCCGCCGCUACAACAGAUCCCUGCAUGCCCGAAUCGAGCAGUGGAACCACAACUUCAGCUUCGAUGCCCACGACCCUUGCGUGUUUCACUCCUCCACUGUCACUGGGCUGCUCGAACACUAUAAGGACCCUAGCUCUUGCAUGUUUUUUGAACCGUUGCUUACGAUAUCACUGAACAGGACUUUCCCUUUCAGCCUGCAGUAUAUCUGCCGUGCAGUGAUCUGCAGGUGCACCACGUAUGACGGCAUCGAUGGGCUACCCCUCCCAUCCAUGCUGCAGGAUUUUUUAAAAGAGUAUCAUUAUAAACAAAAGGUUAGGGUUCGCUGGUUAGAGCGAGAGCCAGUCAAGGCAAAGUAACUCCUGUCCCCAAAGGGCAUUAACUAGGUCUGCUCUCAUUUGCAUCAGAUAGUGCGCCCACAGGAAGCACGGUCAGCUGCUAGGGUUCCUGCCCAGAAUGUGAGUUUAGUUGCUAGCCUCUGUCUGAGGGGAUCUGCUCUUUCUCGGACAAAGGUGCCUAAAAACAACAGGAUGAUUGGCAGGUGUCUGAUAGGGCUGUGAAAAGAGCCAGGCAGUGGGCAGUUUGGUUUUAAAUGGCUGUGACAACUGAGCAAGGCAACUCUGGGGCAUUUGCUAUGAAAAAUUCUAUUUCUUACUGAAGAACAAAUUAUUAAUGUUGGAUGGUAUUUCAACAGUGUGACUAACGUUUGAAAUUAUUUUUUCUAAGAAUUUUUCUAUAACCUUCCAAAAGUAGUGAUGUUUGUAGUUACUAUAAAUCAAGCUUUGAAAGUCCAAAACAAAUAAGUAAAUAAAAGACUGUUUUCCUUUUAGAGGAAAAAAUAAUUCAAUUUUUCUGGGCCACGGGGCAUCGUGCAGUGUCAGUGUGGUUUGUAGUCAGUCUCCCUUUCUCCUCAAAAGAACUCUCAAGUAAACCAAGUUCUCUGAGAUAGUUACUAAAAGUUGAGGUGGAAAGGUGAGCAGCAGAAGUUUGGCUAAAGCCCUCGGUCUCUGUGGCGUGCGCUGUGAGUUCACAGGCACACAGCCGGAGUUUCGAGUGGGGUUGCUUCCUAAGUUGAUGUGUGCGGCGCACGCAUCGUCUCCUUGGAAUCUGUCCCUGUGCCCUUGAGUUUGUGAACCCGGAGGAAAAUGAGACUAGAAGAUGCCCAGGCACAUCAGAUAAUAGUAAACUCCACUGGUUGCUGAUGUUGAGUUGUUUUAAACUAUUAAGUAAUCAUUUGGAUGGCAGUAUUUAGCUCUUUGUUGUAAGCUCAUAGCGGAAUUACUUAAGUACAAUUUAUAUUAUACAGUUUUAGUGCAGUUAAUUCUUAACAGAAAACCUGAAGUCUAAACUGCAGAUUUAAAAGGUACUGUACAACCAUGAUGCCUGUAAAUAAAUUUACUUGGCACCUUUCUGUCACUUAGGAUAGUAUGUGAUGCAGCUUGAGUGAGCGCUUCGGGAAGUGUUGCCGAGUUCUCGUGUCGCUUCUGCGUGUUGGACUGCGUGCUCAGGUCUGUCCUAGACAUCUGCACUGCGGGGGCCAAGCCCAUCCUGGUGUCUGUUACUGUUCUCUGUAACCGCUGCCGAGGGCUCCUCGGUUUCCGGGCCAGCUGCUUCAGGAGGUGGUUUUAUAUCCCUGCAGCUACUGCCAGGGCUACCGAAAAGAAAUGCUAUAUUUGUAUGCAACACUAAUCCUUUGACUGCUAGCGUAUGUUUCUGCUUGCCGUGCCUUGUUCUGGCUGCUUUUUCGUGCUAAUAAAGUAUGUUUGGUGUUCUCCUUGUAUAUCUGCUGUUUUAUACAUUUGCCACAAUUUCUCUUGUAUGUGGAAUGGUUUGGGGUUUUUUAAUAAGCAUUACCUGACAACUUACUGUAGUUUAUGCAAACUCACCUACAGUGUAAUACUGACCUGUCAGAAUAAGCUAAGUCUAAAUUGAAUGCUCUCUAGCUUUCUAACCCUAAUCACGUUCUAUGGAAGUGUUUGUAGUCCCAGCAAAUUAGUGUACAGUGUAUGACAGAAACCCGGGGAAGUGAAAGCCCUGGUGAUCUCUGCUUGGCAGUGAAAUGCCGAAACUGGCAGUGACACAGCAGGUGAGCAUUAGAGCACCCAGCUGCAUCAGACACAGGUUCCACGAGGUCUGUAAGCCAGGACACAGCAGCACCACUUAGUGCUAUGGGGACCAUUUUAAAUUGAUGAUAAAUGCCCAAAAUGUAGACCUUUAACCAAAGACCUGCUCAUUUUAAUGCAAAAUGGGGAUUGAAGGAACUUAGAUUUUUCUGUUAGUGUAGUAAAAGUCCCUGAGGAACAUAUACCAAAGUGUUUGAGAACUUCAUCCAAACCUACUUUCGAAGCAGAAUGUGCAAUUAAGUUGUUGUGAUGUAAUUAUAUUGCGUAAUUGUUGGGUCUGUUUUCUUGAGCUUAUAAUGUACCUGGAAAAUAAACCUCUUGAGGAAAAAGAAGUCCAUACUGAGUACUGGAGGAGGACUGUGUUUGUGAGCAAGAGAUGCUGUGAAGAGAGCCUGAAACUCCAAGAGAGCACUUGAUGUUUUUAUAUGCUUGUAGCAAAUUGAUGUUCUCACUAUAGUUUUAUAGAAAAUAUUAAUGCUUUUAUGUAUUUCAGAACUUUUCCUGUGUUAUAUGCAAAUUGUUUUAAGUGUGUAACUAUUGAGUUUAUGUAAGCAUGUGUACACCGUGCUGAAAGGCACCUAUGUUUCAGUUUGUGUACAAUAUAAAUAUGCAACUUUGGGGUUAACUUUUUGUUAAAAUAUUAGUAGCUUACAUUUAAAAAAAGAAAAAUCACCAGCAUGAAA